AUGAGUGGCAAAAUAAUACCACGAGACCGAGAGAUUCAUCUAGACGACAAGAGUAAUGAAAUAUGCGAUGAUGAAGAUGCCGUGAUUUCAGAGUCAUCCCCCACACGCAAUGGAGGAGUAUAUAAUUUGACUGCUAAUACGGUGUUUGGUGGUAAUAAUAGCAAGAAUAAUGAGAACGACCAUGUGAGUCCAAGUGAUCCAUUAUUUGAUAGAGCCAAUAUAAAUGAUGCAGAUUUCAUUGAGAUGCUUAUAAAAGAGAACCAAGAGCUUAAAGCGUUACAACAAAAGCACCAAAGACAAAUCUUGAUGUUGAAUUCCAGAAUAGAGACUUUAGAAUCUUCAACGUCGUCAGAAAGUCCUUCUAACAACUUAUCCAAGAAAUUAAGCAACCCUAAAGAUGAAACAUCUUCAUGUUUCAGUGAGCAACGUUCGAUAGAAGAGCCGAAGAAUGAUGAUAUACCCCAGAGAUCAGAAAGACGAAACCAUCUCAACAAGACUUUACCUAUGGCACCAUCAUCAACAUCGAUUUCUUCCAUAGUUAGUCAUCCGCAUACUAUUGACUCUUCAAGUAUACUAUCAGAGGGGACUAAGUCUAACUUGGCCAGUGAGAGUUCAGAGAUGCUUUCUUCCCCUAUAGAUACUACUUCAGGGUCGGGUAUUAUGGAUCGUGCGGUAAAUACUGGUGGUAUUGGUGCUACUACUGCAGCUUCAUCAGUGAAAAUGGCCGCAGUAUAUCAAAAUAAACUGAUCAAGAAUAGCAGUACCUCAAGUAUAGGAAGUGGAAGCGGAAGUGCUGGUUCAACAUAUAAAUCCAGACUUAAACUACCCGCAACACUACAAGCACAAGGACAAGGACAACAAUCUCAAGCACAACAGAUAUCGAAGAGAACUCUGGAUUCAUCAAAUGGAUCUCAAAGCAAGUCAAUUUCCACACCACAACUACCAUCACUGCUGGUGAUGAACUCCAUAACUACACCUCAACAACUGCAACAUUCUUCUCGCAACUCUUACAAGAGAUCGUCAUCAACGUAUGCUGAUUCCCCACAGGGAGAUAGUGUGACUCCACAAACACCUCGCCAACAGAAUAAGUAUUACCACGAUUCACCACCAAUUGUUACACCUUAUGCUAAUUUUCAGACCAAUGAGAAGCCUAUUUUCAAGUCACCGGAGAGACCUUCUUCGACAGCUGAUGGUAAUCAGCAACAUCAUCACCAUUUGGAUGUGGGCUCUAAAUCUAUUGGAGGUUUCCUAAGUCGACGGAGAAGAGGUAACCUGACAACAGAGACAAUACAUUCUGGGAUAGGUAGUUCUGGCACUAAUGAGUUACCCCGAUCUCCAACCAAGAAUGUCCACACACCAGCAACGCAGGUAAUUCUGGUGUUCCAAAGUUUAAGCGAUCGUAAAAGCAUACCCAACUCACCUGAGAGUUUAGCUGUCAAUAGUAGACAUGAUCUUCACGGAACAGACGUUCACAGUUAUAUUUCAUCUCCAUUACCUAAUUCUUUUCAACACAAUCUUUCAUCACCACAACGAAGUUUCCUGACCGACACUGAAAGCUCUAAAGGGGGGUCAGAGAGUUAUACCAAGAACAGCAAUCGAAGUCAAACAUUAGGUACGUUCUCAGUAUUGAACAAUAGUACAAAGGAAGAAGACUAUUCCAAGUUAUUUAUCAAGCCAGAAGAUUUUGGGACCAUUAUGGUGUCAGCUAUCAGUACACUUUCCUUAGGUAAGAAUGAAGAACCCCACUGUAUAUUAGGGGCCGUUGAUAGAUCAACGUCAAAGGAAAUGUGGAAGGUUAAGAAGAAUUAUAUUCAACUCUUGGCUCUUGAUAAUGACAUCAGACCUUCACUUGGAUGUUUUGGCUUACCACAAUUACCAGAUAAAUCGUCCUUCUAUUCCAACAUUCCCACCAAGGUUGACAUGCGGAGGAUCACCAUUCAAGAUUAUUUCAACUCCAUCUUUGUCAUGCCCCAUGUCCCCCAUCUGGUGUUGUAUGCACUUUGUUUGUUUUUAUCGUGUGAUAUCGUUAACCCGUUGGAUGAUUUCCGUAGUGGCUCUGCAAAGGAAGGGUACCUUAUUCGGAAGUAUAAAGGGUUUGGAACGUCUUGGAAAGUUCGUUGGUGUCAAGUUGAUGGUCCUGUUUUGGAAGUGUAUGAUUCGCCUGGGGGCACCUUGGUAGAACUGCUUCAAUUACAAGGGGUUUCUAUAGGAAGACAAAGUAAUGACUCAGUUGCUGAUGAAAGAGGAUAUCGCCAUGCGUUUUUGAUCAUGGAGAGUACCAAAUCGACCAAAUUAUCAAGUUCUAAGCAUUUUUUCUGUGCUGAAAGUGAUACCGAUAGAGAUGAUUGGAUAACUGUGUUGUUGCAAUAUGCUACUACUCCCGGCGGAGGUGAUUCAUCCUCAUCAUCUUAUUUGGAACAAGGAGGAACCUGUUCGUCCAUGCAAACACCCACUAGCAAAUACGAUGGCGGAGGAGGAGUGGAUGAAUUAGAUUAUGGGGGGUAUACGCAAGGGUCAAGGCACAAUAAUAAUCUUGGAACGUCGACACCAACAUCUACGUAUGAAGAAGCAUUAGUAGCUGAUAGCUCCAUGUUAACCACCAAUACGACCGGUACCGGUUCAAGUACCGGUAUGACUACGAUGGACGAGUCCAAGGAACGGAAACAAACUUCUAAUUCCAGCAAGAUCCGAUCAUUGUUCCCCUUCGGUAAAGCUAGUCGGAAUCAUACGUCCGAUAGUGUUAGCGCGACUGGAGGAGGUGACGAUACACUAGUGCCAUCUGAUGGGCCACCACUGAAUAACUCUCAUGAGAUUGACUAUUACUUGAAACAGAUGCAACUAGACGACCAAAUGGCCAAGGCUAUUUUUGGCAGAGAAAUCGACUAUGGAUAUAACCUAUCAAGUGGAGUGUUCUACAACAGAAGCAUUCCCAGUGUUCUCAGUCGAUGUUUGAUUUACAUGAAUAGAACAGGAGCCAUUUACGAAGAAGGGAUCUUUAGAUUGAGUGGAUCUGCUUCUACUAUACGGCAAUUGAAGGACAAGUUCAAUAAGGAGUACGACGUGGAUCUUUUCCAAACGUCCUUGAAGCCUGACAUUCAUACCGUGGCUGGGUUAUUCAAAACAUACUUGCGAGAAUUGCCAUCACCCAUCUUUGGCUUGAAGGCGUACUCCAAAUUGAACUCCUUAGCCCAUUCAGGCAAAUCAGACAGGGACAUUGCUAUUGAGUACCAACACUACAUCAAUACGACUUCAGACAUUGAAAAGUUGAAUUACGAUGUGUGUUACGUAAUCUUCCGGUUCCUUCGAGAGGUGAUUGCCCAAUGCCGCAACAACAAAAUGAACACAAGAAACAUGUGUAUAGUGUUUGUGCCGACAUUGAAUGUCUCGGUGGAAGUGUUGAUCCCUUUUCUUGUUGAUUUCGAGUGUAUUUUUGAAGGGGGUGUUCCUAUUCCGGAUUCUCAACGGGAGAUCUUGGACGUUAACAUCCCCCUGUUCUAA